AUGCCCCAGGGCCUCCGUCCGCUGAACAGGGCUGCUUCGACGCCCGUAUAUCCCGUGGCCGCCCACACCGAGCAAGAGAGGAGGGACAGAGCUGGCUCUGGGGGAGGGGGGAGCAAUGCGCCCGUCAGGUCUGAGCUGCUGCCCGCAGACGAUGGCAUGCGCCAUCUGAGGAGGAGGAUACACGAGAUACGGGACUUGAAGAUAUCAAACGACGAGAAGGCACGCAUGAUGCACUAUCUCAUGACGGAACGGUACCAUCUUCUAAGACCACAGUCGCCAGUCAGCCUUGCGUCUCACGACCGUCCAUUUACCCCUAGCUCUACGCACUCGAUCCUCGACUCGGAUAUGCACGCCUCGUCCCCAAUCUCAAUGACAUCUGACAUCGACCCCGAGAAUCCGUAUAAUCUCCGCCCUGGAGACACCUACCCUAGCUAUCGGACGAGAGCGGUACGGCCUGGCGCGGACGGCACGGGCGACGACGACGAUUUUGAUACAGCGGAGGACGGAAGCUCGUAUGGCUGCCAACAUUACAAACGCAAUGUUAAGGUCCAGUGCUACAGCUGUCGCCGGUGGUACACUUGUAGACACUGCCAUGACGCCGUAGAAGACCACAGCCUGAACCGCAAGAUGACCCAGAACAUGCUGUGCAUGGCUUGCGGUACACCCCAGCCCGCAGGACAACAUUGUCGACAGUGUGGACGGGAGGCUGCGUGGUACUACUGUGCCAUCUGCAAGCUUUGGGACGACAACAGCAGCAGGAAAAUAUAUCAUUGUGAGGAAUGUGGGAUUUGCCGAAUGGGAGAGGGCCUAGGGAAGGACUACGUCCACUGCAAGAGGUGCAACGUUUGCAUUUCGAUAGCAUUCGCGCAAUCGCAUCGAUGCGUUGAGCGGGCUACCGAGUGCGACUGUCCCAUUUGCGGUGAUUAUCUCUUCAGCUCAUCCAUACCUGUGGUAUCGAUGCCUUGCGGACACUAUCUCCACAAAGAGUGUUACAAUUCCUACAUGCAAACAGCAUAUAAAUGUCCGAUGUGUAAGAAGAGCGCGGUAAACAUGGAGCUACAAUGGCGGAAACUUACCCACGCGAUCGAAAGCCAACCAAUGCCCGAGGAAUUCGCAGAUACAAGAGCCGUCAUCCAGUGCAAUGACUGCUCCUGCAAAUCUUCCGCCAAAUACCACUGGUUGGGAAACAAGUGUACCAAUUGCGACUCGUAUAAUACCAACGAAUUCCGCAUAUUAUCAGGAGAGGAGAGCGAUCAAGCUGCAGAAGCCAUGCUGUCCACGGAACUGGAUACCGCGCCUAACUCGCCGCUUGCAAGGCCCUCGGUCGAGAUCAGAGCCGCACGUCCCUAUUUCCUCAGCGUCCAUUCAGGGCAAGACGACCGAUCCCGGACCUCAACAGCCGAGCAAGCCACUUCUCUGCCUUACCAGUUGAUGGAGCGUAUGAGUCGAUCGCUAUCUCCUCUUAGGAACUAUCUUGGCCGCUCACAAGAGGACAUCAAUCAUCCGACUGGAGCUGGAGACGAUGACGACAUCCUUGACCGCUGGGGCGCCGACGGUCGAUUCCUCUCCGGAGAAGAUGAUUCAGGCGGCUCUGAUUCUGACUCUGACAGCGACGAGAGCUUAGACGACGCCGAUGGAGCGCUCGACGAAGAUGAAGCGGACGAUGCUGACGAGGAUUUGAACGACUUUGAUCUUCUUGGACACCGUUGA